AAAAAGGCAUCCGCGUACGUGGCGUUCAAAGUUGGACGGCAGUAAAGAAGUGUUCCGUGACUUUCAAAUGCGGCGUUUAAAGUAUGACGACAACGGCACUCUGUGACGUUCAACGCUCAGUGACAAUGAAAGACAAUAAAGCCAUCCUUCCAUCGGUCUAUGUGACGCCAUAGGUGGUAUAAAUCCCCGCCGCGCCGAGCGUGUCUUCGCCGUCAGCAUCUUGCGCUCGCAAACACACCAGGACAUUCUCAGCUGUGCCGUCUCUCGAUCAUCCAUCUCAGGAAGAUGAAGCAAUACAUCAUUUCCUCCUUUGCUCUGCUCCUCCUGCUUGUGUGCAUCGCCCACAAGGGCCAGUCCCAGCCCGACCAGGGCCAGUCCCAGUCCGACCAGGGCCAGUCCCAGUCCGACCAGGGCCAGUCCCAGUCCAACCCGGGCCAGUCCCAGUCCAACCUGGUCCCGUCCCAGUCCAACCAGGGCCAGUCCCAGUCCAACCAGGGCCAGUCCCAGUCCAACCAGGGCCAGUCCCAGUCCAACCCGGGCCAGUCCCAGUCCGACCAGGGCCAGUCCCAGUCCAACCUGACUACCGCCGCCACCACCACCAACGCCACCAACACCACCAACACCAGUUCCGGAAUUGGCGCUGCCCUGUUGCUGCCACUGGCCCUUACUCUCAUCCCUCUGCUCCUCACUUUGAAGAUGUAAGGACGGAUGGAUCCCGGCACUUCGACUUGAACCUAUAACUUGGUUCCACUUGAUGUGAUUGUCUGCUUUUCACAUCUCGCCAGAUGUUGUUGUACCAUUAGAACCAUUUGAUCUUUCUGAGGUUAGCCUCAUUCAGUCAAAUUUAAGCUUUUCAACACACAUGCUACUGUUUGAAUGUGAGUACUUCUGUACAAAUUGCUGUUCAAAGCCUGAACCAAUAAGUCAUUAAAUCAUUAUU